ACGUGUCAUAUUCCGUGUUGUUCUUGUUUCCUUUUUCUGUUUCGCUUUGUGAACUUCGGAGAGAAGACGAAAUCUCGCUUUCGCCGCCGAGAAAUUUUGAUUCUCCGACCACUUCAACGAUUCCGAUCUGUUGUCCGUCGAUUUAAUUCGUGAUUGAUAUUGCUUCGACAUGAAAUUGGUGUGAUCUCGUUCCGUUACGUAUUUGCUCAUUCUUUAAGUUUGUGGGAUUGAUUUGAAUGGGAGACAAUUCCGGUAGAAGUAGAAACUCUGUGAUGGCAACUGUUUCUUCUGGGAAAGAGUUGUUACCUAAGAGAAGCUUAGUAGCUGCUAUUCCAAGAGCGGUUCAGCAGACAAUAUAUAAGCAUGUUUCAUUGGGGAAUAAUGGUAGAAUUGGUAGUGGAACCGUUCGUAAUGCAGCUGUGUUUCUGCUGAAAAUCGCUGUUUUGGAAGUUGUUCGAAGGGUUUCGAAGGCUAGAUGUCCUCAUUUGUGGAAUAGUCUUCAGGCGUUGCAAUGUCUUUGUUAUCCUCCUCUUAAGUGGAUUCAGAGAUGGGCUCCUUUCAAGGAGUUGAUCAAGGCAAUGCAGAUGCUGUCUCGGCCAUUAUUGGUCCUCACGAUAGCUGAGGCUCUCACAGACCAGUCAGAGUUAAAGCAAGAAGCCUCAGGUGGUACCACUUCUCAUACAUCUUCAGAAUCACAAUCUGACCCACAGACGUCACAGUCUCCAUCAGAUAUAAGAAUUGAAGAUGAGGCUCCACUUUCUGUAACUUCACAAGACUGGCUUAGGCAACUCUAUGAAGAACUGGAAAAGCAGAGACUUAGCUUGCCUGAGAGACUCAACGAAGACGAGCUUCAUAGAUUCUAUAGAGUGUCAAAUGGAGACUUCACAUCCUUACUAUCUUCAAUAAAAAAGACAAUUCAUUGGAGGGAGACUUACAGAAUCCUAUCUGAAGAAGAACUUGAGACAUGGUCAAGUUUAGUCUUUUGGCAUGGAUAUGACAAGAACCAACGACCUUGCCUCAUUGUUCGCUUGGGGCUUGCUUUUCUAAAGUUGCCAUCUCAUGAAAGACCUCGUUUCGCUCAGGCAAUCAUAUCUCAGGUAGAGCACGGCGUUUUGCAUCUUUUGACCCCUGAGAAUUCAGAACUUACUGUUUUAGUCGAUUGUGAAGGAUUAUCUCCUCUGAGGAUUCCCAUGCAGAUGAUGAGAUCUUGUUCAUCCAUUCUUCAAGAUCACUUCCCUAACCGUCUUGGCUGCCUAUUUAUCAUUCGCCUCCCUCCUGUUGUUCGAGUCAUUUCCCAGACUUUCAUCCAAAUUCUUAGACCAACCACACGCAAGAAGCUGAGAAUUGAAGGGGAAACUUUCCAUCGAGUCCUCUCUGAAUACCUCCAGACACUUCCUUCAUACCUUGGCGGCAACUGCAACUGCAAAAGAUGCUCAAAUCUCAGCGAACAAGAUCCACAACAACCACAAACACACCCAAGAAGCAAGAGAAGAAGCUUGAGUGAAACAGAGAAGCUAGACGAUAGCCACUGGAGUUACAAUGUCCAGACUCCUGAUUUAGCCUAUGAAGACGAGCCGAGCCUGAACAUAUGUAGCCAAGUGCUACGGACAGCGGUAGUGUUCUUGCUCAUGACAUGGCUCUUUGGGGCACUACUAGCUGGAUUCGCUGAUCCUGAGAGCAGACCCUUUUAAGCUUCCAUGAGGUAAGAACCAUCCAUAACUAAUUUCAGGCACAUGCGUUGGCUUCUGUAAACAUAGUGAUAGUAUAUGUGUGAUAUGCGUUGAUAUAUACAUAGUCAUUAGUGAAUAAACCUGUCUCUUAUUCAGCGUGUUCGUUGUCGGAAUAAUGAGAAUCACUCGGUUCAACGUAGUUUUGAGUCCUGGUUUAGGGUUAAUGGUUGCAGUUCUCAGUACAUUUUACGUUUGGGAGAAAGUAACUAUGGUUCAGUAUAUCUUGAGACAUUUUGUCAUCAUCCUCUGUACAAGAUGUGUUGCCAUUGUUGGUAAUGUUUUGUAAAACUAAGAACUGCUAGUGGAAGAUUACCAAUAUUUAUUUUUAUUUGUUGAUGAUAUAAAAAUGAUUAUUAUACC